AUGGCAAAUAGGUCAACACUUUAUCAUUUUUCAAUCCCUUAUAUAAACCAGCCAAGCUCAGCUUCACAACAACCAUGGCUUAUUCCAACAAGAUCACCUUCUUCCUUUUUUCCUCUCUCCUUCUUUUACAAAUGGUUUCCGCUGUUAAGUUCACGGUCACCAACAAGGCCGUUGGAACUCCUGGUGGCGUGCGCUUUGACAAUGAAAUCGGUGUGGACUGCAGCAGACAGAUAAUGGUAGCUUCCACUGAUUUUAUAUGGAACAUUUUCCAGCAAAGCUCCGUUGCUAAUCGGAAGAAUGUGCACAAGGUUAAACUAUUCAUCGUCACUGACUACGACGGUGUGGCCUUUGCUAGCAACAACGAAAUUCAUGUUAGUGCUGGCUAUAUUGCAAACUAUGGUGGGGACGUGAAGAGGGAGAUAACAGGUGUCCUAUACCACGAAAUGACUCAUAUCUGGCAAUGGAACGGGAUCCCGAAUGCACCAGGCGGGCUGAUCGAAGGGAUCGCCGAUUACGUACGGCUAAAGUCGGGGUAUAUUCCGGGGCAUUGGGUGGGACCGGGCGGCGGGAGUUCAUGGGACCAAGGGUACGACGUGACAGCGAGAUUUUUGGAUUAUUUAGAGGGGCUGAGAAGUGGAUUCGUGGCGGAGCUGAACCGGAGGCUCAGAAAUGGCUACUCCGCCAAUUACUUCGUGCAAUUGCUGGGGAAGCCGGUGGAUCAGCUUUGGGCAGAUUACAAGGCAGCUUACGGAAACUAGGACUUGAUUAAUUAUUGCUUUUACACAUAUAAUAUCCAUUAUGUAAUGGAGGUGUCCGAUCUUCAUCGAUACAUAUUUUCUCGAUUUAUGCUUCUUUUUCUUUUGUUGUUAUGUUUUUCGGAGCGAAGAUUUUCUUCAUUCCAAUUGUUUUCUGAUUAGUGUCAACCGUUUCUUCAUAUGACUUUGAAGAGCAACCAAUAUGAGAAGAUUAUGAUCCAAGUCGUGUCAAUUUGUUUUUCCAAAAUAUAGUAAUUACACACCACAACAAAUUUGCUGA